GAUAUCGAUAUAUUCCUAGGGUGACCAAUUUGAGCAGCUGCUCAUCUCCAAAUAUAAUUAGUUUUUUUUUACACUACCUGUCGUACAAUUACUGGGGCGUUAAUAUGCUACCGCUCUUUGGGACCAUGCCGAACGGCGUCAGUUUGCCAAAUCACCCGAAUUUCCUCAACCAAUUGGCAGCUGCAAUUUCCACGGCGGCCUCGAGCACAUCGGUCGUGGGAACUCCCUCUUCGCCACCCAAACAGGUCCAGAAUAAGAUGGCAAAAGCACAGCAGCAGACACAGGGCAGUGCGCCCAUGGAUCUGGAGAAUGAGAACGAACACUCUGCGGAUGUGACCUCCUCGACAGUGCACAAGGAACCGAAGUUGCAGGCCUCAUCCUCCUCGCUUACUCUGCCCGAUUCAACGCAAUUAUACCUAAAUGGCUUGGUGCACACGCCACCUGGAUACCUGUAUUUUCCGACCACCCAAGCGGGUGGCACUCUUGCCCCCGGAAAUCCAUCCUCGGCUGGAGGGGGAUCCACGCCGGCAGCUUCAGCAAACAGCACCGCCAAUGCUCAAAUGUUAAUGGAUCCUACGGCCAUGAUGGCCGCGGCGAUGCAGCAAAUGCAACAGAUGCAUUAUGCAGCGGCAGCAGCAGCAGGAAUGACUUCAGAAGCAGGAGCUGGACUAGAAGCCACCCUUAAUGCGGAUGGCGUAACACCAGCUGGCCUCAAGGAGGUGAUCAAGACCAAGAACUGCAUCCUGUUUCCACCUAAUCCGAAUGCCCCUCCUCCCACAAUAAGGGAACGGCCACCAGGCUGCCGGACAGUGUUUGUGGGUGGACUGCCGGAAAACAUAACCGAAGAAGUGAUCCGGGAGAUCUUUGAGUCGUGCGGCGAGAUCACCACGUUGCGCAUGUCCAAGAAGAACUUUUGCCAUAUUCGCUACCGUCAGGAGGGUGCAAUAGACAGGGCAAUCUACCUAUCCGGCUAUAGAUUGCGCAUUUCAGCGCUAAAUGAACCACCUAACUUUGGACGCCUGCAUGUGGACUAUGCACAGGCACGGGAUGAUCAAUAUGAUUACGAAUGUCGGCAGAGGCAGCACCAGAGGGAACAGCGUCAUCGUGAGCGCAUGUCGAUGGACAGGAUGCGAUCGCAGUCGCCACCGCCAAUACCGCACUACACGGAUCACGAGGCAACGUCUGUGGCGGAGCACCUUCGCACCAACGAGACUUUUGUGAAGGCUAUUCAAACGAUUACCGUGUGGUUGGAGCGGGGAGAUUGCACUAAGCGGAAUGCCAAUGUCUUCUAUUCAAUGAUCCAGAGCACACAUGCCCAUGUACGAAGACUCCAUGCCGACAAACUGCAACUGGAGGAGGAUCUGAAGAAGGCCAGAGACAGCUAUCGCAACCAAAUGGGUACCAUGUCCACGCAAUUCACUCAGAUUGAAAAAGUGUUCAAUGCCGCUAGUCACAAGAAGGUUUGGGACCAUUUCACCAAAGCCCAAAGAAAAAACAUCGAUCAAUGGAAGAAAUUAGCCACGGAACUUCGAACUGUCCAGAUCACGGAUGAUGAUGAAAUGGAAAUCUCCGACGAUGAGCGUGACUACGAUAGACGCGGACACGGCGCCAAGCGAAUUCGCUACGACAGCGAUGGCUUAAAGGAUGAGAACGACUCUCUGCGCUGUCAACUGGAGGCCAUUCGGCAUGAGAUGACGCUGGAGCGCAGUGAUUACGUCCAGCGGGAGAAGCAGAUAAAGGUACUCCAGGAAACCAUUCGCAACAUGCAGACCCAGCUGUUGCAGACGAAGCUACGCGAACAAAAGGACAACAAGACCAUUGAGCAGCUGGAGCGAAAUCUCAAGGAUGCCGGCGUUAAGCAACUUCUGUUGAAGACCAAGAUCAAGGAAACAGUGGACAAGUUAAAGGACAAAGAGGCAAACAGCGCUGGAGCCUCAAAUCUCGACUACAGCAGUGGCGAUUCGAGUAGCCGGGAAGGCACGGAGUUCAUCCGGUCACAGGCGGAACCGGAAAUAAUUGAUAUCGAUAAAGUGGAUGAUGAUGUGCGCAUCAUAGAGCACCAAAGCAGUGUGGUGGAGAUACACGAAAUCGAGGACGAUGAAAAGCAGCAGCCCGCUAAGGAUUCUGCGGAAAGCAAAGCAAAUGAGUCAAUUAUGGAUAAUAUUUCCAAGUCAAACAAUGAGGAGACUAUAAAUAAAAGCAGCAAGGAGCAAACCCCAACACUGGCUGCAGAAGAGGUGACGUUCAAGUCCCUAGUUUUGUCAGAGGCCAAGAUAAUUGCUCUUGCCUCAGCCUAUCUGGUGCUGCAUCCCCAUGGCGUUGAUAUCGCCAACAUAGCCAGUUACUUAAGCGAAAUGCUGCGCAACAAAGCUGCCCCCAGUAACCAUGAUGAUCUAGCCAAUAUACUCGGAAAGUACACAAAUCUCUUCAAGCCGGAAAAGGAGAAGUGGAGAUUCUGUGGCUUCAGCGAACCAACUGAAUCUCAGACGGAGUCAAAGUGAGGUGAAGAAUGCGGAAUGUAGACUCGAAUAAGAUGACAAUUAAAUGCUUUAAUUAUCUUACAACUAAAUCGUAAUGCGUAGCGAGUAAGAGGAGAAAAGUGAAAUGUUAACGAGGAAAGAUGCAAGUUUUUCGAUGAAAUCACAACUUAAUGAGACCAGCUGCAGGUUUAAGGGCAAGUACUCGAAGUUAACUCUAUCGGAAGAAAGACACCACAAACUAACUACCGUUUCAAUUAUUUAAAUAACUCAACCUAAAGAAUAUGUAUACACUUAAGCUAAAUGAAUUCAAUAUAUACAAGAUAUAUAUA